AAAACAGACUUUUGUAAUCAGUUUCGCUAUCGAAUUACAUUCAUGUGAAAAGUUAAAAGAUAAUUUUGAAAGAACAUGUUCGAUCAUUUCAUCAUGAUUUUACAACAACGAAAAACAGUGAAAUAAUAAAGCCAACAUAUGCUUGAAAAAAUGGAAUAAAAAAACAUUAGUUAUAAUUUAAAAUUUUAAAUUACCAAUAUUUAUUGAGUAAUUGCAACUUUUGAAUUAUAAUAUUUAUAUUUUACAAUCCAAUGAUUUUCAUCAGAGACAUUUAGGCUAUCGCUGGCACAAGAUCUCUAUGGUUCUUAUUAAUUUUAAUUUGGCAUCACUUUUUCUUUGUUUAUAAAAAUGGAAUCCGAGAGUGAUGUUUAUGUGGAAUUGGAUGUUGGGAAUUUACUUGUAAAUAAUAUUGUACUAAUAAAAAAGCCAUUUGGAAGGGAGUUGAAUGAGGAGGCUCUGAAACAUGUGGCAUCUCAAGGCGCGCAACGUUUAUUGAAUGAAAUUUUUAAGCUUCCUAGUGAAUAUCACGAACAUGUACCUGUUGCUAAACUCCCGGCACCUACAACUGUCAUUCCCCGUGAAAAACAUGUACCUAAAGAAAAGGCUAUGACUAAAUGGCAGAAAUUCGCCAAGGCUAAAGGAAUACAAAAAAAGAAAAAAGAUAAGUUAGUUUGGGAUGAUGCAUCAAAGGACUGGAAGCCACGUUUUGGUUAUCGUAGCAUAAAAAAUAAAGAUGAUUGGAUGGUUGAAGUACCUCAAAAUGCUCCUGAUCCAAAUGCUGAUUUUUUUGCUAAGGCUAAAGAAGCAAGAAAAGAAAAAAUAGCGAAAAAUGAGUAUCAAAGGUUACGUAACAUAGCCACAGCUACGAAAGUUAAAGUUACAAAUCUGGAAUCUGUUGACAGAGCAGAUAAACAUCAGUUAUCUCGAUCUCUGGCAGCUGCAAAAACAGCUACUGCAUCGAUUGGUAAAUUUGCUGACAGACUUCCAAAUGAAAGACCUCCUAAAAAUAAAAUGAAAAAAAGAGAGUUUAAAGCCAACAUUCCAAGCAGUAUGUCCAUUGAAAGAGAUAAUAAUCUAAGAAUAUUUGAAGGUCUAGACAAAAAAGCACCUAAACUGAAUGUGGAUGAGGCUGUUCAAAAAUACAUCGCUAAACCUGCUAAACAAGGUAUACCUGAUGAACGAAGAGAAAUGAGAAAUAAAAAACUGAAGGCUAAAAAGAACAAGCACAAGAAAAAUGUGUUCCGCAGUGGAAAGAAAGGUGGCAGACCAGGAUUUAAAAAUCCAACAUAAUUAAGAUCAUUUUGUACAUAUUAUACAAGUACUGUAUUAAAUGUAUAUUAAUAAAUUUUCUUCAUUAAUCAUAA